AUGUUAACAUCAGGCCUUUCGCUCGGUGAUGUGAGGGUUAUCACUGUCAUCCAGCAAGUUUGCUCAGUUUUGUCAAUCGUUGGAUGUUUGUUCAUUAUUGGUACCUUUUGUCUGUGCGAUGCUUUCCACAAACCCAUCAACCGUCUGGUCUUUUAUGCCUCGUUCGGGAAUAUCAUGGCAAGUGUUUGCUUCAUAAUGGCAGACUCCUUUGUCAGAGUACCCAAUGGAGCUGGGUGCCAGACACAAGCCUUUCUUCUACACACUUUUGUAGGCGCUGAUGCUAUGUGGACUUUGGCCAUGUCUGUCAACGUUUACCUUGCCUUCUACCACCGUUUCGAUGCGCAGCGCCUACGGAAGAUGGAAUGGCCAUACCUAAUCGCCUGCUACGGUAUACCAUUUCUACCAGCGUUUGUCUUUAUCUUCGUCAAAGAUGGGAGUGGAGUUCGCGUAUACGGUAGCGCUGUUCAAUGGUGUUGGAUCACACCCGAGUGGGAUCUCUUGCGCAUUGCGACAUUUUAUGCACCGAUUUGGGUCGUCAUCACAAUCACUUUAGGCAUCUACAUCAGAUCCGGUAGCACAAUUUAUCGCAAACGCCAGCAACUUCUGAAAGUGCAUGCAUCAGGCUCUGGCUCUGGCUCUGGCUCGGGAGGUCUCUCAUACAGCAACCAGAGCACAACGAAUUACAUGAAGACAACCGAAGUCACCGUCGUCCGCGAAUCGAUAAACGAACCAGAGGCAGUGCAGCUACAGAAUUUGGGCCACCAAGCUUCAAUCCGCGUCCACAAACCGACGAUUACUGGCAAUACUGCUCGUGCAAGUAUAGCAGUACAAUCUAAAACCCCUCGACCAUCCCUCCGACCGAGUAACGAUGUUUACAAAGCCGCAUGGGCCUACACCAAGGUCGCGAUGCUAUUCUUCGUUGUUAUCCUCAUUACAUGGAUUCCAUCAAGCGCCAACAGAAUGUACUCGCACAUUCACCCCGACAAAGUAAGCAAGCCUUUACAGUUCAUGAGCGCUACCGUACUUCCUCUGCAAGGGUUCUGGAAUGCUGUAAUUUAUGCUGUCACCAGUAAAGAUGCGUGUAAGGCUUUACUUGAGGAGAGGGGUAUUUGGGUAGAGAAGACACGAUUGAACGAACCGACCUGGGACGAUGAAGAAAGGGGCCAGAGAAGCGGCAACUAG